GGAGCGCAGCGCAGCCGGAGCCCCUCGCCGCCAUGCCCGCCGACGGGCAGCUGCUGAGCGGCCCCGCCGCCUGCCCGGAGCCCGGCGAGCAGCAGUACCUGCAGCAGGUGCGGCACGUCCUGCAGCACGGCCACCGGCGGCAGGAUCGCACCGGCACCGGCACCAUCUCCGUGUUCGGCAUGCAGGCGCGGUACAGCCUCAGAGAUCAGUUUCCACUGCUGACAACGAAGAGGGUGUUCUGGAAGGGAGUGCUGGAGGAGCUGCUGUGGUUCAUCAAGGGUUCCACAAAUGCCAAAGAGCUCUCUGCAAAAGGUGUGAAGAUUUGGGAUGCUAAUGGGUCGCGUGAGUUCCUGGAUAAGCAGGGUUUCAGCACCAGAGAGGAGGGUGAUUUGGGACCAGUGUAUGGUUUCCAGUGGAGGCAUUUUGGAGCAGAAUACAAAGAUAUGCACACAGAUUACUCCAACCAAGGAGUUGAUCAGUUGCAAAAAGUGAUUGAAACGAUCAAAACCAACCCAGAUGACAGAAGAAUCAUUAUGUGUGCUUGGAAUCCCAAAGAUAUUUCCCUGAUGGCUUUGCCUCCGUGCCAUGCCCUUUGCCAGUUCUAUGUUCUAAAUGGUGAAUUGUCAUGCCAACUCUAUCAGAGGUCUGGAGACAUGGGACUAGGAGUGCCUUUUAAUAUUGCCAGCUAUUCACUGCUCACGUACAUGAUUGCCCAUGUCACAGGGCUGAAGCCUGGAGAGUUCAUACACACCUUAGGAGAUGCUCACAUAUACUUGAACCAUGUGGAACCUCUAAAAGUCCAACUUCAGAGGGAGCCAAGACCUUUCCCCAAACUCAGAAUUCUUCGUGAGAUUAAAGACAUCAGCGACUUCAAGGCAGAAGACUUUCAGAUUGAAGAUUAUAAUCCUCAUCCACCUAUUAAAAUGGAGAUGGCUGUCUAAUGCUAUAAACCAGCAUUAAAUAUUAAUGUGGAAAUGUACCUAAGCUACUUAGUUUCUCUAAAGUGGUGGAGCUUUUGCAUUCUUCAAAAGGUAUUUGCUUUAUUGUUAAGUAGUCACAGACCAGAUUUGCCUUCAGUGCUACCACCCUGUAGUUGUACAGGACAGAUGAUUAUUCCUGAUAUGCCAUGCAGAUGUUUAACCCAGUUUUAAGUUUUUAGAGGAUUCCUUCAGGGAAUUGGGAAAAUUGUUAAAUAUAUUCUAAAGAGUGUAUGUUUAAUAAAGCUUUUUUUAAAAAAUCUC